CUUGACACAAGGAAGGAUUGAGAGAUAGAAAGUAGUACAGACAAUCCAGGUCAUUUUCACACAUGGCCAGCUUCUGGAUCCAUUCCUCUCUGCUCAUUGUCGCGCCCUGCUUCAACACCAUGCCCCUGCCCAAACGAUUCAGCUUCAACAAAUGCUCUGCUUUGGGGUUGUGGAACGUAGUGAAUGAAGCUUUUCGUCGCACAAAGUCCUCAAUGCACACUCUUUCCAAAGUUGUAUUGGAUUUCAGCAGGAACAACAAUGGAUCCCACAAGUGCUCACUGAAUGAUGAUCUGUCUUCCAUCUUGGAAACUUUGAGAACCCUCAGGUUGGAAUUGGAACGUAGAGCCUGGAAAAAUUGACGAAUGGCUUCCUCUUGUUUGUUCAUCAAGCUGCAAGUAAACAUGGAUAAAUUCAGCUCUUGGAGAGGUGAGUUUGCGGACAACAGGGACGCAACGGCGGCAGUAGCGGCAAAACUUCCAAAGUUCUUGAGCACGAGAGUACGAAGAGGUUUGCUUGGAUCUCGAUGACGGAGGUUUUGUACAAUGGCCGACACCAAGUGUUCAUCUAGACGGAAGCCAUCCAGAGAAACAAAGUCAAGACAUGGAUUCGACAAGAUGCAACCAAGGGCUGAUGGGUCCAAUUUCACUCUGGGUGUUUUGUGCAACACCAGAGACUUCAAUUGAGGCAUGUGGGAGAACGCUCUCAACAGGCGGGUUGAGUGGAAAUCUGGGAGGCUGAAUGAAGAAAGAGCUUUGUGGCCUUCGAGGCACCGAGCAAGCUCUUCAAAUUCCGCAUUGGCCCCAACCAAAUAACGACGAUGAAUACCGCAGAAGCUCUGAAGGCCGAUGGCAUGUCUCAGCACAAAAGAUACCAGUGCCACUGGUAUUUCUCGGUUGCUCGCGUGGUUCGUAUCAUGUUGGCGCCAGUACAGAAACUGGCAAGACGUCAGCUUUGGCAAGGAAAACAAAGCAGUCAUGAAUUUUGCCACACUCUUGUGUCGGGGUUGACGGAACAACCCUGGAUGAACACAAGUGCCCUCAAUGUGGACUGUUUCAAUGCAGGCGCUCUCCUGUAGUGCCUCCUUCCAUUUCAUGCCAUUAUAAUGUCUCGGUGGAUGAAAGAACACCACCAACGUGUCCUUCGUUCUGCGUUGCAGCCGGAUCCCAGGCACAGCGAUGCCGUCCAUCAUGUCAUCCAUGGUACAGCCGUAGACAAGGCCUCGGAUCAAACUACUACGGUAGUAAAUGAUUGGUUGGUUGCAUGGUUGGACUCGUUAUCAGGCCGACGAUCUGGAUGCUGGAUGCAUGGUGGAAUCAGGGGUGACAAUCUUCGCCUAAUUUUCGCAGCGGCAACUACAGUGUAUUUACCUACCGGUACUCUCUAACGGCCACGACAGAAGCACUACAUGUAAAUUCAACGAUGCCACGCAAAAUCCGGUGGAAGGGGGAAGUACCUGGUAGCGCGAAUGCACAAUGAGAACAAAACAACAACAAUACGGAUACUCAAGAUGGUGCCUUCGGCACGCAUCCUGGAAGUUCAGAGACUGGAAAGUGUGGCUAAUACUGGUUCCAUUCCUAUUGUGCUAUCGUCUAUAUCUGGCAGUAUUAACGUCCAAGGCCGAGAUAGCAAUACCCGCCGCGCCGUUGAUGGUAGUGGCUCCUGCCUUUUACGACGACACGAACCCAAAUAAUCAAGACGUUCGCUAUGCUUUGGGCCUGGAAUCUUGUCGGCAGGCUGCCAAGCACGGUGUUCGUCUGCUGAUCAUUGACGCCUCUCCCGACCACGACACUGUCAGCCAGUCUCUUACCAAAGCAGGCACAGACCGCCACGGCAAGAGCUGGGUCCACGUGAUGAAACAAACCUCCAGGGGUAAAAAGGGAGCAGCACUCAAGGAAGCCAUUGCCAUGGCACGUCAACAACUAAAAAGGCAAUUCCCCCGGGCUUUGGAACAAGACACGUAUAUUGCCAUUCAAGAGCCCGAAAAGUUUGACGUGUUUCGGUUCUGGAACGAAAUGACCUCCCACAUGACAACAAUUUCCACGGAUAUUCUGGUCCCCCAUCGAAAGGAUGAAUCGUUCCAUUCUACCUAUCCCAUUGAGCAGUACCAUUCUGAGCAAUUUGCCAAUCUAUAUUUGGAUACCCUUGGACAAAAAGUGGGAUUUCCAUCCAUUGACUGGACGUUUGGACCCAUUGCGUUUCGAACCUCCUUGGCUCCGCAUUGGUUAAGCUAUGAUGAGGGGGAUACCUGGGAUGUGCAAAUUGUACCCAUGAUUCGGGCAUGGAAAGAAUUAGAGAAGAAAAAGACGGGUAGUGUGGGAUCCUACACGAUAGAUUAUCACCAUCCUGCCAAACAAAAGCAACAAGAAGAGGGGGUUUCCAAAUGGGGUGAAAAACGGCUCUUUCAGCUGGGUGUGUUGUUUGAGAAAGUGGGAGGAGAACUCAAGAAACAAGGGAAAGUACCUGUUCUUUAUAGAAUGACAGACUAG